AUGGCGUUCCAAAGAUCCGCACGAUUCUUUGAACACGCUCCUGGCGGUGGUAAGCUGGCCUCCGUUUCCAUAGAUGCUCACCAAAGAGUUGCAAACAACAGUGUCGGAGGACACUCGAAGGCCCCUAGAGCUCCAGAGAACUUCCAUGAAGCCCGAGAAAGACGCAUAGGUGACGAUGAGAGUGUUCCGGGAGAUCACGUCGGGCUGGUCCGGGACACCCCUGAUUCAAAAAAAUCUGGUGACCUGAUGAUGCCCAGUGCGGGCAAUCCCAAGAUACACGAGCACCUACAGACGCUUCUUUCAUGCUGUGACGAUCAGGGCGAUGGAGAAGAGAUCCAUGCUUUCGAUCACAUCUCAGCCGUCGGCGAAACGCCAUCCCAGCCGUCGACAUAUAGUCGUUGUGGGUUUCUACCCUUUUAUUUUUCAUAUCAAGGAAGCUUGCGCGAGAGGAGAAGCUUGCGCGAAGACGGUGAGUUCGAGGAGGACGAUUGUGCCGAGCUCCUCAAGAUCCACACGAGGGGCCAGGGCCAGGUUUUCGUGCUCAACGCCGGGAAGAUGUUUCAAUCGGGGAGGGAGGCCGGGAGAGAGCUCCGGCUCAUGUCAAAGCUCCGCGGCUGCGCUGGAGUGGUCUCCUUGGCGGGCUUCGUGAGGAAGAGGAGCGGCGGGGCUUGCUACGGGACCAUGGUGAUGGAGCUGUGUGGUCCUAGUCUGUGCCAUCGAUUGAUCAAGGGAGGGCCGCUGGGCGAGAAGGAGGCCGCCAAGACCAUCCAGCGGCUGGCGGAGGGGCUCAAGGGGAUACAUACCAGCGGCAUCAUCCACCCGAAUCUCAAGCCGGAGAACAUCUUCGUCAAGCUGGACGCUACUGCCGUGCACGAGGUGGUGAUUGGAGACUUUGGAGUGGCCACGGACGACCCCAAGGAGAUGUCGCAGUACUGUGGAACCGGGAAGUAUAUGGCCCCGGAGAUGACGAGCUGUAAGAGUGGUCAUGGUGACUCAAGGUUGCGGAGCUUUUACACUACAGCCAUCGACGUGUGGGAGUGA